AUGCUUGUUCUGGAUGCCGAUACAGGCGUAGUCAAUCCCAAUCAUUGCAUAGAAGAAUGGAUAGAUGACCGUGUGGACGUCAUUCUCUAUGAAAGGCUUUUUACUAGUGAAAUUGCUGCUGGAAGUUAUAUGGUUCGCAAUUCUGAGUUCGGAAGAGACUUUCUCAUAAAGUGGGCAGAUCGAGAGUUCACAUUACACAAGGGUUGGACCGGGCAGGACAAUGGAGUAUUGCAUGUUCCGUCUGAACCACUUCUUGGUGUUAUGACUUCGGAAAAGAUGCUUGCAGUAGUCGAAUUGGGUAUGGGCAAGACCGACUAG